AAGUGAUUAGAAGCACCACAGAGAGACUGCACGGUUCGCCAUGAUCGUCUACAAGAGAACAGAUCGAACGCUCGUCUGUCUUCUCGUCCUUGUGAUGGCGGCAGUGGCGGAGGUGCAGGAAAACCUCACACCUGAGUGUAAACAGUUCCUGUACAUGGGCACGCCACCUCGAGGGCUCGAGGAGCAGCCUUUUAAAAAGAUCUGCCAGUUCUACGAGGGCAGCCCGCGGUUCGUCACGCUGUACGACACCUUCAACCACAUCCCCGUUUAUUCGGCGUACACCUUCAAGCGCUCGGAUGGCACCAAGAAGGUUGAUGUGCCUUGGAUGUAUGAGCCACAGCUCUCCACAGUGUCCGACUCACGAGAGAUGCAGCAGUUCCCCUCAGAAAACGUGCACAAGAGCUUUGAGGACGCUCAGGCCGUACUCGACGACUACUCCAACAUGGUCAUCUUUGAACGCGGCCAGCUGAAUCCGGACGAGCACCAGGCCCACCCCUUCGACAAAGCAUCCACCUACACCCUGACGAACGUGGUCCCUCAGGUCCGAGAGUUCAACAUCGGCCCCUGGAAAGACCACGAGCACACCAUCCGCAGGCGGCUCAACAACUACUGUCGCGGCACCGCCUACGUGGUCACCGGGGUCACCACCUCGGGGCACACGGUCCGCCGCCAGAACAUCAACCGCCUGGGCAUCCCCACCUACCUGUGGUCGGCCUACUGCUGCGUUGAUUUUGACCACAACGCACCGUACUCUGAGCGCUCAAAAUUUCCCGCGUUCGCAGCUCACGGGCUCAACGACCGGGAGGAAAACAAGGUUCAAGAGAUGACAGUGCAGCAGCUGGAGGACUUCCUGAAGAGGGUAACUUAUGUUGACAGCUCUUUCCAGAUCUUCUAUGACAACUGUGUGCCAGCUAAUAGUGCUAAAAGUGCCCUGCACCUGCCUUGAGAAAAUUUAGUUUAAUAUUCACACAAGUGUCAAUAAUAUUCAACAUUUAGCAGCUGAUUAGGAGUGAAUCAUUUCUUUCCACAUUUAUUUUAAUGCAUUUAUUCUAGGUUUUGUAGUUUUCUGGGGUAAAUAAAUAUUUAAUUUCCAUUAUUAAAUUUACAGUUUCACAUAUAAUUGCUCUGCGGCAACUUGUUUGCUGAUUAAAAUGUACAAGUCACACCACUAUUACCCUGAUUUUUUUGUUAUAAUUGUCCUAAUCGUUACUUAUUUUACCCGUUAUUUACUCUGUUCACAGUAUGAUAACAUAAUGUUAAUUUAAAGGUCCACUUGCUUACUAUCUUUUCUGAGCUCCAUUCACUGAAGAGGACGUGGUUGAACGCUCUGAAAAGAUACUAAGUGGACCUUUGCGCUUACAUUUUGUUCCCCAAAGGUCAAGAUUGAUCCUCCAUGUUAUCUGUCUAGAGUCUAAGUGUCUAGAAGGUAACCCGCAAAUUGGGAAAUUUGAUCUGAAAUCUGCAAAAACUUGCAAGAAUUCGAACCCGA